UAAACGCCUUUGUGUGAUGCUCUUGGCUAUGGCGGCUAUACCAUAUUCUUUAUAAUAUAUAUCAUCGCUUCCCUUUGCGCAUUCCAUUUGAUAGGGUUAUCAUCUCUGGAUCCGACCCCUGCCAAGGCGCUGGGCAUCGUCUCCUUCCCUCGGAUCGAUCCAAGCAAAGGCGCGCGGCAGCGAGAUCGAGAGGCGCAGCGUAGGUUCCUUUCCCCGGCCGCGCUUCCCUGGAUGGAUCGGGCGUGCGCGCUACAGCAAAGGCACAGAUUGAGAUUAUAAAAACCAGGUCUUUGGUACCAAAGAGGCCUCUCUCCCUCUCUUCCUCCAUCUCUCCGAAUUGGGUGGCUCCUUGGUGGUGGUGCUGUGAUCGUGGGGGUGGUAUAGUGGUGGUGGCGGUGGCGGUGUCGGUGGUGGUGGCGAGAUCAUACAAGCAGACAGUGGUGGCGGAGAUCAUCAUCGGACAUGGAGAGCUUUGCGACCCCGUACCCGCUCUUCUUCUUCGAUGGCGACCAGGAGGUGGACAAGGGACAGAUCGGCAUACAUUCGGUUCUCUCCUUCAAACGGUUCCAGGGCCAGCUGAGCCGCCAAGUUGGGAUACCCGCUAACCAACUCUCGGCGGUGUUCGUUUGCCGGAGGACCACGUCCCGGGACGCGGACAAGCGGCAGAAGCUGCCCAUCAACGAGAACACCAACUUCAACAUCAUCCUCAACCAGCACAACCCGAGCAAGGAGAAGGACUGCUACUUCCUGGUGUCGCUCAAGAAGUCCAAGAAGGAGAGGAAGGGCGCGCGGCGGAGGAACGCCGAGGCGGAGAAUGUGGACGACGACGACUCUACGUCGUCGCGCGGCGACACGUCCCCCUCCAGCCAGCGGCCCGGCAAGGAGGGCGACGAGGCGUUUGCGUACGAGGCAUCGUCGCCAAACUCGGUGCUAGACCCGGCGUUUGAGCCGUCGGUGGUGACGGCAGCAGCAUCGAAGAACAAUGUGGAAGUAGUGGCGGCGGCGGUGCUCCCGGAACCUGUCAAGGAGGAGGAAGCUCUGUCCCCGGUGGUGGUGGAAAGGGACGCGACGCCAUCCGUGGCAACAACAACAACUAAGGAGAACUCCUCGCUGAGUCCUCCGGUGACGAGAAUUGGCGGGCAGCCGCUGGCCAGGAACGCGAACUCGGUGGAGCAACUUGCCAAGUUCGUGGGUGUUAUUGGCGAUCAGCACACUGCAAGCGGCGGCGGCGGUGGUGGUGGUGGCGUUGGAGCAGCAACGUUCUCGGACGCGGCUCUCACGAUGAGCCAAGCGGCACGGUUCAAGGAUCCGAUCCAGCAGCAGCCAGUUGGAAGGCCGGGAAUGAGCAUGCAGCGCGGCGUCCCGGUUUUUCCCGACGGUGUCAACAUGAGAUUACUCACUGGAAGAACCGGCGUCAAUGGAGGAGGAGGAGCAGGAAAUCCAAGCUUCCAACAGGCGCUCCCGAAUUUCCAUAACCAGUUAGCGCUGCUCCAAGAGCAGCAGCAGCAGCAGCAGCAGCAAGCCAGGCAUUUCAACUUCCAGCAGCAAAGGAUCGCGAGGCCAUCGCCAGGAUUCACAGGGAGCUCUUCCUCGAUUGCUCCCGGAGGAGGAGGAAGCGUGAUGGACAGUGGCUAUGGAAGAUCGAGCGAGCAGUUCUGCCAGGACUGCCAGUCCUACAAGGAGAGGAACAUCCGGCCUCCGCCGUUCCACUGCUGCAUCAACGACAGGAUCACAGCGGGGUUCCGCGGUCCGUCACCGGCGGGACCGAUCGAGAGGCCGAUCAAGCGUCAAGUUAAGGCCGCUGCGUGAUGAUCCGCGAUGGGUGGCGAGGCGAAAGAUCGAGAAAGAGGUCUCCCUAGAGAAGCGACGAUCGACACACACUAUACCACCAUCACCCUCUCCUAGUGCGUGUAAGUUGGCUCUCUCUUCUCUCCCUUUUUUUUCUUUCUUUACUUCGUUUUUCUUUUUCGAUUACUUGCUCUCCUCACUCUUUCCUUCUUUGUUUUGUUUUGCCUUGGGUUUUCACUCUAGCCUCUUUUCCUUUCUUCCCUACUGUGUAUGUACAUGGAAUGUCUUAUACAAUAAACUUCGGAGAGUAUGAAUAGCUACGAUGUUUGCAAAAUAUGUGCGAAUAAGAAUUGAUCAUUUCUGUUUGCUGCU